AUGGCUUCGAAUACCCAGGCGACUGCCCCAUAUACGAUCCUAAUCCUAGGCGGCGGCAUUGCAGGCAUUGCUUCCGCUCUCGCGCUGUCUAAAACCCUCACUCCUGUGCUUCCGAACCUCAAAAUCAUCAUCUAUGAGCUACGAGACGUUCCUUCAACUUCCGGUGGCGCGAUCAACCUCACACCCGUCGCCCAUAGGCACCUCGAUCAUUUAGGUGUGCUCGAUGAGCUGCAAUAUUUGGGCCCUCAAGGGGGCGUGGAAGUGGACGAGAUAGAGAUUUUUUCCUCGCAUAGUGGCAAAAAAAUGGGAGCGGUUGACUUUGCAGGCAAAGACGGCAAUGGCUAUGGUGGUUAUAAGGGUCGACGAAUAAUGCGCAUUUGUCUCCAUCUGGCUUUGAUAUCCGCCGUGGAGAAACGGAGUAAUAUUGAAAUGAUGUUCGGGAAAAAGGUUGUAGGCGGCAUCGAGACGGACAAAUGUGUCACAAUUUAUUUCGAGGAUGGCACUUUUGCGAAAGGCGACUUGGCUUUGGGGUGCGACGGUGUGCAUUCGGCUACGAGAUCAACCAUUGUUGAUCCCGAUAGAAUAUCGGAGUAUACGGGGAUUUCGUUUAUUCAAGCCACGAUAAAAUCGGAGAUAAUAAGGUCGUCCAAGCACUUCAGCGUCACAGCGCUCAACAGAUCGAGGCAUGGGACGAUGUUGACGACCUAUUGCGAUAGUGAAAAGGAAAAUAUGUUCGUGGCAGCAUUGGCUGAAGUCGAUGAGGCACGGUUGACCUAUGAAAUAUGCAAAUAUCAGGCGUCGGAUUCGUGGAAGACAAAGAGCACCGCGGUCAUGAUCUUGAGGGAUGAUAUUCAGAAUCGCUUCGGGAAAUCAGCAAUUCCGUGCAUUCGCGAGAUUGCAGAAAAAUGCUGGGAUUGGUUUCUGUAUCCAGUGUAUCAGAUACAUCCCGGAGGGAAAUGGUAUACGGAAAGGAUCCUACUGUUAGGUGAUGCAGCUCAUGCUAUGCCCCCCAAAGACGAGUCAGCCGCCUACGCCCUGGAUGACGCCAUCCUCUUCGCCCGCGUCCUGACAAAAUACAUCCACGAACCCCUCUCGGAAGCCUUCCGCAUCUACGAAUCCAUCCGUCGUAAAACCAUUGACCACGCAUACAAAACCGCCUGUGAAAAUUGGGCCCACAACAAAGAUAGCGGCCGUCUCUCGAACCUGCUAGCGGAAUGGAUCACGCCCCUUAGUCUAAUGCGGCAAAAGAAGAAAAUUACAAGCGCGUGGGUAUUUGAUGCUAUGAAUGUUGAUAUAUCCCCCCCGAACCCAGCGUCACGCCAAUCAACGGCUUCAACAGUUCGUUGA